AUGUGUGUCCAUCUUUGUCUUCAAUAUUCCUUCAAUGUGUGUCCAUCUCGUCUUCCAUAUUUCUUUCACUGUCUACCUGUCUUGUCUUCAAUAUUUCCUUCGAUGUGUGUCCAUCUUGUUCUUCCCCAAUAUUCCCCUUCAAUGUGUCCACUGUCGUCUUGUCAUAUUUUCUUUCACUGUCUACCCUUCUUGUCUUCAAUAUUUUUUCCUUCGAUGUGUCCAUCUUGUCUUCAAUAUUCCCUUCAAUGUGUGUCCAUCUCGUCUUCCAUAUUUCUUUCACUGUCUACCCGUCUUGUCUUCAAUAUUUCCUCUGAUGUGUGUCCAUCUUGUCUUCAAUAUUCCCUUCAAUGUGUGUCCAUCUCUGUCUUCCAUAUUUCUUUCACUGUCUACCGUCUUGUCUUCAAUAUUUCCUUCGAUGUGUCCAUCUUGUCUUCAAUAUUCCCUUCAAUGUGUGUCCAUCUCUUCUUCCAUAUUUCUUUCACUGUCUACCUGUCUUGUCUUCAAUAUUUCCUUCGAUGUGUGUCCAUCUUGUCUUCAAUCAAUAUUCCCUUCAAUUUGUUUCCAUCUCGUCUUCCAUAUUUCUUUCCAUCUUGUCUUCAACAUCCGUCUUGUCUUCCAAUUUCUUUCUUUCACUGUUCCCCGUUUGUCGAUGUCCAUCUUGUCUUCAAUAUUCCCUUCAAUGUGUGUCCAUCUCGUCUUCCAUAUUUCUUUCACUGUCUACCCGUCUUGUCUUCAAUAUUUCCUUCGAUGUGUGUCCAUCUUGUCUUCAAUAUUCCCUUCAAUGUGUGUCCAUCCUGUCUUCCAUAUUUCUUUCACUGUCUACCCGUCUUGUCUUCAAUAUUUCCUUCGAUGUGUGUCCAUCUUGUCUUCAAUAUUCCCUUCAAUGUGUGUCCAUCUCGUCUUCCAUAUUUUUCUUUCACUGUCUACCCGUCUUGUCUUCAAUAUUUCCUUCGAUGUGUGUCCAUCUUGUCUUCAAUAUUCCUUCAAUGUGUCCAUCUCGUCUUCCAUAUUUCUUUCACUGUCUACCCGUCUUGUCUUCAAUAUUUCUUCGAUGUGUGUCCAUCUUGUCUUGGCUAUUCCCUUCAAUGUGUCCAUCUCGUCCAUCUUUCACUGUCUUCUUGUCAUAAUAUUUCUUUCCAUCUUGUCUUCAAUAUUCUUGUCCAUUCAAUAUUUCCUUGUCUUGUCUUCAUUUUUCUGAUGUGUCCAUCUUGUCUUCAAUAUUCCCUUCAAUGUGUGUCCAUCUCUGUCUUCCAUAUUUCUUUUCACUGUCUACCCGUCUUGUCUUCAAUAUUUCCUUCGAUGUGUGUCCAUCUUGUCUUCAUAUUCCCUUCAAUGUGUGUCCAUCUCGUCUUCCAUAUUUCUUUUUCACUGUCUACCCGUCUUGUCUUCAAUAUUUUCCUUCGAUGUGUCCAUCUUUGUCUUCAAUAUUCCCUUCAAUGUGUGUCCAUCUUUCUGUCUUCUUGUCUUCAAUAUUUCUUUCCACUUGUCUUCAAUAUUUCCUUCACCGUCUUGUCUUGUCUUCAAUAUUUCCUUCUGAUGUGUGUCCAUCUUUGUCUUCAAUAUUCCCUUCAAUGUGUCCAUCUCGUCUUCCAUAUUUCUUUCACUGUCUACCCGUCUUGUCUUCAAUAUUUCCUUCGAUGUGUGUCCAUCUUGUCUUCAAUAUUCCCUUCAAUGUGUGUCCAUCUCUGUCUUCCAUAUUUCUUUUCACUGUCUACCCGUCUUGUCUUCAAUAUUUCCUUCGAUGUGUCCAUCUUGUCUUCAAUAUUCCCUUCAAUGUGUGUCCAUCUCGUCUUCCAUAUUUUCUUUCAUGUCUACCGUCUUGUCUUCAAUAUUUCCUUCGAUGUGUGUCCAUCUUGUCUUCAAUAUUCCCUUCAAUGUGUCCAUCUCGUCUUCCAUAUUUCUUUCACUGUCUACCCGUCUUGUCUUCAAUAUUUCCUUCGAUGUGUGUCCAUCUUGUCUUCUAAUAUUCCUUCAAUAUGUGUCCAUCCUCGUCUUCCAUAUUUCUUUCCAUCUACCGUCUUGUCUUCAAUAUUUCCUUCGAUGUGUCUUCAAUAUUCCCUUCAAUGUGUCCAUCUUGUUCCAUAUUUCUUUCACUGUUCACCCGUCUUGUCUUCAAUAUUUCUUCGAUGUGUCCAUCUUUGUCUUCAUUAUUCCUUCAAUGUGUGUCCAUCAUCUGUCUUCCAUAUUUCUUUCACUGUCUACCCGUCUUGUCUUCAAUAUUUCCUUCUGAUGUGUGUCCAUCUUGUCUUCAAUAUUCCCUUCAAUGUGUGUCCAUCUGUCUUCCAUAUUUCUUUCACUGUCUACCCGUCUUGUCUUCAAUAUUUCCUUCGAUGUGUGUCCAUCUUGUCUUCAAUAUUCCCUUCAAUGUGUGUCCAUCUCGUCUUCCAUAUUUCUUUCACUGUCUACCCGUCUUGUCUUCAAUAUUUCCUUCGAUGUGUGUCCAUCUUUGUCUUCAAUAUUCCCUUCAAUGUGUGUCCAUCUCGUCUUCCAUAUUUCUUUCACUGUCUACCCGUCUUGUCUUCAAUAUUUCCUUCCAUGACUGUGUCCAUCUUGUCAUUUCUUCACUAUUCCCGUCUUGUUUCAAUGUCCUGA